AUGGAUCAUCUCAGCCCAACCGUCGCCAACAUGAUGACGGGAUGGAGGUCUGCAACGGCAGUGCCGACAAUCAACACCCCGCUGGAAGAGCGGUACGUCGUGACGCGAAAACUGGGUGAAGGGAAGUUUGGCACUGUCAGCUUGGCCGUAAAGAAAGGUACCAACCAGAAGUAUGCGGUCAAAGUUAUGCCCGCAUAUGGAGAUCAGGAGAUGCGCAUCACCAAAUGUCUCAGCCAUCCUCACAUUGUCCGGCUCCACGAGACGGUCCGUAGCCAGAGCUCCCUUUGCCUCAUUCUGGAUCUCUGCCUUGGUGGAGAUCUUCACCAGUGGAUCUCGCAGCGUUUCCGGAAGGACAAGCAUCCGGGCCAGUAUCGCACGCCGCACCGCGCUGAGGUGGCCACCUUCGUGUGGCAGAUGCUGACGGCCGUGGCCUAUCUCCACCACCACAAGAUUGUGCACCGCGACAUUAAGCCAGGGAACCUUCUCCUCGAGGAUCCAUCAGCUCCUGCUACCUUGAAGCUCGCAGACUUCAAUCUUGCGUGCAACUUCCGCAAGGGGCAGCGGCUGUCCUCUCGAUGCGGUUCCUUGAUGUACCUGGCGCCUGAAGUGAUACAGAGAUCUUACACGGAACGCUGUGACGUUUGGAGCAUCGGCGUGACGUUCCAGGACUUGGUCACGGGGGAGGCCCUGUGGCAAGCGCAGGAGGAGCCGGUGAUUGAGAGAAUGAUCCUGCAGCAAAAACCCGAGCUUCGCAACCGACACUGGCCGCUUGGCUGA